AUGAGCACCUUCACGACUCUCGCGACAGGCCAGAAGAUGCCCAUGGUUGGGCUGGGUACAUGGAAGAGUGCACCGGGACAGGUUAAACAGGCAGUUCUGGCAGCUUUGGACUGUGGUUAUCGACACAUCGAUUGUGCGGCGGCAUAUGGGAAUGAACAGGAAGUGGGAGAAGCUCUGGCUCUCAGGGUCGGUCCGGGCAAGGCUUUGUGUCGUGACCAAGUGUUUGUUACGUCCAAACUUUGGAACACCAAACAUGACCCAUCAGAUGUUGAGGAAGCAUGCAGGACCACCUUGGCCCACCUGGGUCUCUCCUACGUGGACCUCUAUCUAAUGCAUUGGCCCAUGGCCUUUCAGCCGGGGAAAGAAUUGAUGCCUCGUCGGGAAGACGGAAGCGUGUGUUACUCUGACACGCACUACACGGACACUUGGGUCGCCAUGGAAGGCCUCGUAGACCAAGGCCUGGUCAAGGCCAUCGGUUUGUCGAACUUCAACGCCAGGCAGAUGGAUGACAUUAUCAGAGUGGCCAGACACAAGCCUGUGGUAAACCAGGUAGAACGUCAUCCAUAUUUGGCCCAAGUAGAUCUGCUGGCUCACUGUCGGUCAGCAGGGGUUUGCCUGACAGCUUACAGUCCUCUAGGGAGCGGGGAUCGACCGUGGGCCUCCGGUGAGGAACCCCGAUUGCUGCAGGAUCCUCAGCUGGGAGAAAUAGCGCAAAGAUACAGCAAGACCCCUGCCCAGAUCAUACUUAGGUGGCACAUUCAAAACGGCGUCGUGUGCAUCCCCAAAAGUGUGACGCCUUCCAGGAUCCAUCAGAACUACAACAUUUUUGACUUUCAACUGUCAGAGGUUGACGUAAAGCGCAUUGACGCUUUAAAUCUUGGCCAUCGCUUUGUCGCCCCGACAGUGGAGAGGGAUGGCAAGAGAUUUUGGAGAGAUGCAGAGCACCCUUAUUUCCCAUUCAAUGACCCCUACUGA